AUUAUAUACAUAAGUAUUAUGUAAAUUCCGACCUCCUCAGUACGGUGUGAGCGAUGCUCGAGUGACAACUUGUGUUGAGAAUAUUUGUACAAACCGAGAUAAAUUGCAGUCAGCAUGUGGGCGUGUGAUCCAGUGCUGACCACAGAGAUCGUCAACAGUUAUCAAGUGGCGGGGCCGCUGUUCGUGCAGUCAGUGCAGAGCUUCUUGGCAGCGCAGUGCGCUCUCGCGGGAGGCCAUUUAUGGCCAUCUGACGCUACACAGGCUGUUAUUGAUGAUCCAAACUAUGACUUCAUAGUGGUAGGGGCGGGGUCCGCCGGCGCCGUGGUCGCGAAUAGACUGAGCGAGGUGUCUUCAUGGAAGGUUCUACUUGUAGAGGCGGGCGGCGAUCCAACUGUAUCCACAGAGAUACCACAGCUAUUCUACAAUAAUAUGGACACUGAAUUAGAUUGGGGUUACAAACCUGAACCAUCGGAAGUAUCAUGUAAAGGAUAUAAGGAACAUAGAUGUGCCUGGCCUCGCGGUAAAGUUUUAGGUGGCAGCAGUAGUAUCAAUGCUAUGUUCUAUGUCAGAGGUAACAAACUCGAUUACGAUGAAUGGGCAGCUAACGGAAACAAAGGUUGGAGCUACGAAGAAGUAUUGGAAUUCUUCAAGAAGAGUGAAAACUUUUCAGAACCACUAACAGAAGAUAACAAAAAGUACCAUAGUAAAGGAGGUUAUCUUAAUGUGCAAAAAACAGAAGUAACAAAUCCAUUUGAAGACAUCAUAAUCAAAGCGGCUACAGAAGUAGGAAUAAAAUAUUUAAAUGAUGUAAAUGGUGCUAACCAAAUGGGAAUUACCAGAUCAUAUUCUACUAUCAAAGACGGGAAAAGACACAGUACAGCAAGAGCAUUUUUAAGUACAAUAAAAGACAGACCAAAUUUGCAUGUAAUUAAAAAUGGCCUCGUGACCAAAAUACUAUUUCAUUCAAAAUCAAACAAAGUCAGCGGAAUAUUAAUCAAAAAAGAAGGUAAAGAAAUAGUCGUUAAAGUAAAAAAAGAGGUUAUAAUAUCAGCUGGAAGUAUAAACACACCACAUUUGCUCCUUCUCUCUGGAAUAGGACCUAAAAAACACUUGGAGAGUUUCAAUAUAGAGGUAAAAGCAGAUUUACCAGUUGGAGAAAACUUACAAGACCAUGUCUUCUUCCCUACGUACUUCACUACACCAACGGAACAAAACUUCAAUACCUUACCCACAAUUACUACUGCAUUUUCUGAAUAUAUUUUAACUAAUCAGGGUAUCUUUUCUGAUGUAAAUCCACAUAGAAUAAUUGCUUUUGCUAACUCAAGCGAUCCAUUCGCUGUCAGUCCGGAAGUACAAUUUCAUUAUCUUGUUCUGCCACCUAAGAUGGCCAAUCUAGUCGAUAUUUUGGGUAAGCAUGGCAUCGGUGAAGAAAUAUGGAACAAAUUUGGAGAAAUAAAUGAAAAUAACUUCGUAAUAGUUGCUUACAAUGUCUUAUUAAAACCUAAAUCAAAAGGGAAAAUAAUGCUUAAAAGUACAGACCCAAAUGAACAUCCACUUAUAUUUGCUGAUUAUUUUAAAGAUCCUGAUGACCUUAAUGUUUUAAUAAGAAAUGCGAAGAAGUACAUUUUAACAUUAGAGAAUACGGAAACUUUUAAACAACACGGACUGAAACUCAGUUGGUUAGACUUGGAUGCUUGUAAAGGAUUCGAUAAAGGUUCGGAUGAAUUUCUAGCAUGUAUUGCAAAAGAAAUGACGUUUUCAUUGUACCAUCCAGUAGGGACAGCUAAAAUGGGGCCUGAUGGAGACGAGACAGCUGUCGUAGAUCCUGAAUUAAGAGUACGUAAAAUUGACGGCUUGAGAGUUAUUGAUGCGAGUAUCAUGCCAUCUGUUGUCAGAGGUAAUACUAAUGCCCCGACAAUAAUGAUAGCGGAGAAAGGUGCAAGCUAUAUAAAACAGUCCUGGUUGAAAGACCGUUCUGAAUUAUAAUUACAAACAAAUAAACUGUUUUUUAUUUA